CUGAUUAAUUUUCUUGUGUUAUCUGUUGUCAAUGGCUGCUGGAGGUACUCUGUUGUGACUGCCAGUGAAUACCUUUUAAAUUGUUAAAAAGUGUUUAAUAUCAAUUUAUUUACUAAGAAGAUAUGUGACUAGUGCCCGUUGGUAAAAAUUAGAGGUGACUAACCAUAAUGGACGUAGACGAUUCGGCAGUUGACCUGAGUGUCAGGGCAUUGCCUCCUGAGCUGAGUGAGUUGAGAGCUUUGACUGCCAGUGGGCUUACUAUAACGCCUGCUCAGCCACCACCACAUAUUGAUAGGGUACAACAACUCAGGAUUGGUUCGAGCGGCAAGCGGGUGCUGCGCCCCCGUUCCGAACAGCGUAGCUAUGCGGAGAGCCCGGACAUCGUGCUGCUGCCCGCCGCGCCGCCGCAUCGGAAGCCGUCUAUGUCCACACCAGCGCCAUUUACUGAUGUGAGCAGCAAACUAAACUCUGGCGGUGUGAACGUAUCAAUAACGCCGAGUACUCUGCCGGCGCCGGCGCCCGAGUCCCCACGAGACCCGCGCGACGAUGAAGACUCUGAAGAAGACGAGAAUGAACCGCCACUGCCUAUACCGGGGCAUAGGGAGCUAUCUAGUGCUGAGAUAUGGGAACGCGAGCGUCGACUUCGCACGCUGCGUGAGAAGCUGCGCGCUGAGGAGACACGGCUUGUGUUGCUGAGGAAGCUGAGGCAGUCGCAGCAGGCCACAGGACUGCCGCCCGCUAAGGACACGUCGACGGGCACAGCGCUGGCGGGCAGCGGCUGCGUGGUCCCGCCCGGAGUCACCGUCACACCCGCUCCUCCGCCCGCACACCAGCAGGCUAAGCGCACAAACAACAGCAGCGCGACAGCGGCGGCCAGCUCGACGAGCUCGUCCCGCCGCACGUCCAGCCUGCCCGGCGGCGCCACGCUCACGCCUGGACCUUAUCGCUCGCAGUCAUCUACGAGCGGUGGAGCGAGCAUAACUCCAUCAGUGACCAUCACACCGGCGCCGCCGCCUGCCUCGCAACAUGCAUCCUCUAAUAAGGCCAGCUCGCGUAGUUCUGAGGACACCCAGACCCCCGCCCAGCGCCAGGCCGCCGCUAAGCUGGCGCUGCGUAAACAACUCGAGAAGACCUUACUGCAGAUCCCUCCGCCCAAACCGCCGCCACCAGAAAUGAACUUCAUCCCGUCUCCGAGCAACACCGACUUCGUGUACCUGGUGGGGCUCGAGCAUGUCGUCGACUACCUCACGAACGAGGAUCGCAUGCCCCGCUCGUCGGUGCCUGCGCUGUGCGCGCAGUGCGGCUGCGACUUCACGCCGGUGUGGCGCUGGGAGCGCGGCGGGGGCGCGGCCGCGCGGCGCCUCGACGCCACGUUCGCGCCCGCGCCGCCGCCGCCCGCCGCCAGGAGGCUCUGCGAGCUCUGCGUCAGCGGGAACGUCAAGCGAGCGCUCAAGGCGGAGCACACGGCGCGGCUGAAGACGGCGUUCGUCCGCGCGCUGCAGCAGGAGCAGGAGAUCGAGCGGCGCCUGGCCGCGCCCGCCGCGUCGCCGCCGCCCGCCGCGCACCACGCCGCGCCCAACCCGCCGCCCGCGCACUCGCACGCGCACCGCCCGCUGCAGAUAUCGUCGUCUCGCGGCUCGUCCCGCGGCGGCUCGGCGGCGUCCCCGGCGCCCGGCAAGGGCUCCGAGCGCAGUACCGCCGCGCCCCCCGCCCCGCCCGCACCGCCCGCGCCCAGGACAAUGACGUCAUCAGAAUCGCUUCGCAGUCACCACUCGGAUCGCUCGAGAGAAACCAGUGAGGUGCCCGCCAAGAAAGGCAAAGGGUCAUCAUCAAGCAGCACCAGUCAAAACAGUAGCAGCAGUAAGCAACAUCAGCAGCUGGCAGCAGCAGCGGCGGCUCAGAUGGCCUUCGAGCAACACAGCGCGGCCGCCAUGCAGGCGCUACAACACCAACUGUUGCGAGGUAGCCUGAGCGGCGCGGGCGGCAGUAGCGGCAUGUCCCCCGCGGCGGCGGCGGCCGCCAUGAUGCAGUUCUCUCCGCUCAUAUACACCUACCAGCUGGCCAUGGCGCAGGCCUCCGCGCUAGGUAAGCGUUCGGGCAAGGGCGGCGGCUCGGCGGGCGGCGGCGCGGCCAUGGCCGAGAUGCAGCGCGUGGCCGAGGCCCAGCGACAGUACCUGCUCGACAUGAUCCCCGGACAGCAUCCCAGGAACCCCUGGACCAAGAACUAAG